AUGAAACGGAUCCAGGAUUACUUCCAGAAGGCGGAGAGCAGAGACGACUCUGUCCAAAAGAAAUGGAGAGAACCGCCAUCAUCUGCAACAAAACCAGAGACACGACCUGUUCCAAGGCCAAAGUUUGACGUAACAACCACUCAACCGUGCCCACGUGUCCCUCCUACCACACCGCCCACCAACACACAAAGUGAUGACGAAAGUGAUGACGUAUACCUGGAGGAGGAGCCAAGUCUGAGAAAAAUACGUGGCAAAUAUAAAUUUUAUACGGUAGCCGAGAAGAAAGAACUUCUAGAUUUGGCCGAGAUGUAUGGCACAUGUGUCAUAUCCUCUAAAUAUGGUUUACCAAAAUCCACUCUUUCAACAUGGAAGAAGACCUUUUGUCCCGAUUCUCCCAAAACACAAAAAGGGAGGGAAAUUGGAGGCGGCGGGAAACUGGUGUACUCCGAGAACGUGGAGCUCAAGAUUGUCGGUUGGAUACGAAAUCGACAGGAACUCCAACUUCCGGUUUCUCGGCACAGUAUACAGCUGUAUGCACAGAAUUUAGUGCUGUCUGUCAACCAACAGCCGACCUUCAAGGCCUCGGACGGCUGGCUGGCAAGAUUUUUAAGAAGGAAUAAUUUAUCCCUGAGGAGAACCUCGACAUCUGCAGCUGGUCAUAAACAGCCUGGGGAUAUCACGGACUUGUGA